CGAAAAAUACCAAUCGUAUGAAAAUUAGCAAAUUUUUUCAUUCAUUUUAUCUCGUUAUAAAUAGUUUUAAAUAAGUUGUCGAUUCUGUAUUCGUCUUGUUUGUGUCUUGUGAAACGCUUGUGAGUGCACAACAAUAUAAUGUAUAGAUACUUGCUACCACUAUUAUGUUUGACGUCGGCAACACCAGCGCCGCAGAGCAAAGCUGACAUAACAUACUUCAAACUCCAGCCGGUCAUCAAACAAUCAGACCUUCAACCGACAGAAUCGAGGAUCGAAAACUUGCCGUUAACGAUACCGGGUAAUGCGAGCAUCAAUAACGUCAGCAUCUCGCAGUCGACCACGGCCGCGUCGAUUCCGGCAGAAACUACCGCGGCUGUCACCGUGACAGACUUCAAAUCUGACGUUGACAGUCGAGGGGCACAAUCAAACCAGACUGACAGGAGAGUUAAAGAGGAACACGACUUAACAACGGCCGACUACGAAACGACCUUAGCACAAUCGGAUAUAACUGAGAAAUACGUUGACCUUAUAGACGUGGAACCAGUGAAGCACGUGUCCAAAUUCGUGGCUCUGUCGAAGUUCGGCGGCAGAACUACAAAUCACAUCGAAACGUCCGGCAAGAGGCGGUUCAGAUCGAGAUGCAGAUGCGAAAAGAUCUGGAACUGCCCUAAGCUUCAGAUAAGCGUGCCUAGGUGCCCUGAAGAACAAUUUUUGUGUUGUUUCUAAUUUAUUAUGAAAAUAAAACAUCGCCCACCGAUCUCGUUUAUAAAUGACCUUUUAUUUACGUACCACGAAAAAUACCUUCAACGAUCUGCAGGUGUUGAGAGCAGAUCGCGGGCCCAAGGAUUUUAGGGCCCACCCACUAAACGACUCCCCUGCACUCUUACACCCGACGUCCGAUCUCCGUCCGGGGUCAGAAAUGGUAAAUGUUUUAUCUGCAUUCAGACGUCUAUGAUAACUAGAGGUCGGAGUAGAUAGAUUGAUUUAAGGUCGUUGACGUCAAACGUAGAGUCCAUAUUAUCUAUGGAUAUGCCUUCAAAAUACCGGAACUUCAUAUUUAUUACGAUAUUUGUUCCGGAAAUUUGAAAUGAGCAUGAAUCUGUGUUUAAAACGUAUUAAUAAUAUUAAUCUACGCUAUGAGUGCUAGCUAAUGGUGAAAGAAAUCA